CUCGUUCUUCUAUUUACACGCUUAUUUCUGUGUAUAGGUCUGUGUAUUCGAGUCGUAUUCAGUGGUGAGUGAGUGAGUGGAACCGGGUUUAAACCUCAGAUUUCUGUCAGUGUUCAGGCCUGUCUGAGCACAAACACCUACAGGACUGAACUGACUUCACCAUGGACAAAGCAGAUUUCCUGAAAGGACUACCUGUGUAUAAUAAGACAAACUUCAGCAGAUUUCAUGCGGACUCCGUAUGUAAAGCAUCGAACAGAAGGCCGUCAGUAUAUCUGCCUACACGAGAGUAUCCCUCCGAACAGAUCAUUGUCACAGAGAAGACAAACAUCCUUUUGCGUUAUCUUCAUCAACAGUGGGACAAAAAGAAUGCAGCUAAAAAGCGAGAGCAGGAGCAAGCAGAAGGGGAGGGUGGCAGCCCAGCACCGCCCCGCAAAAUCGCCCGGACAGACAGUCAGGAGAUGAACGAGGACUCGUAGAGGACCCCCCCUUCCAACAGACACAACACCCGCACACCACACAGGAAUUCAUCUCAGAAAGAAGGAAAUGGAACACUUAUCUUACAGUGUGCUUUUAUUAUUUUACUGAGUGCUUCCUGACGCAGUCAGUGCCCAGUUGUGAAUGUGUGGGGGCACGACGGGUUUCCACUGCCAGCUUAGAAGAUUCUGCUGAACUCUGAACUGCUUGGGGGUGAGAGGGGGCGGGUCCUGCGGUAUUCAACAAGCACAUAAUAAGGAAUGUCUGCUGUGAAGACGUGUGAAAAUUAUGAUUUUGUUUAGGACACUAUCAAUGCAAUUUAAGUUUAAAAACACCCUAGUAAUCUCAGCUGUGGAUUUUUGCUUUCAUUAUAUACU